GCGGGAUUGUCUGGGCCUUUCCCUUCCGCUCGGGGAAUGUGGGCCUCCUGCAAGGUUAAGGUUCGCGGUUGCUGGGCCGCCGCUUCCUCCACGCUGAGACGGUGCCUGAAAUUAAGCGCGACCAUGGCAAAAAGCAAGUUCGAGUACGUGCGGGACUUCGAGGCUGACGACACCUGCCUGGCCCACUGCUGGGUGGUAGUGCGCUUGGACGGCCGGAAUUUCCAUCGGUUCUCUGAGAAGCACAACUUUGCAAAACCAAAUGACAGCCGUGCUCUCCACCUGAUGACCAAAUGUGCACAGACGGUAAUGGAAGAAUUGGAGGAUAUAGUGAUCGCUUAUGGACAGAGUGACGAGUAUAGCUUUGUGUUCAAGCGGAAAAGCAACUGGUUUAAAAGAAGAGCCAGUAAGUUCAUGACUCACGUGGCCUCCCAGUUUGCAUCUAGCUAUGUGUUUUACUGGCGCGAUUACUUUGAGGACCAGCCCCUUCUGUAUCCCCCAGGCUUUGAUGGAAGAGUGGUGGUGUAUCCUAGCAACCAGACCUUAAAGGACUACCUCAGUUGGCGACAAGCAGAUUGUCACAUCAAUAAUCUUUAUAAUACAGUCUUCUGGGCACUUGUACAACAAUCUGGACUGACUCCGGUACAAGCCCAGGGGAGAUUACAGGGAACUCUCGCAGCAGACAAGAAUGAGAUUCUGUUUUCUGAAUUCAACAUCAACUACAAUAAUGAGCCGCUGAUGUAUCGAAAAGGAACUGUGUUGAUCUGGCAGAAGGUGGGUGAAGUCACAACGAAAGAGGUUAAGCUGCCAGCAGAAAUGGAAGGAAAAAAGAUGGCAGUGACCCGGACCAGGUCUAAGCCAGUGGCCUUGCACUGCGAUAUCAUUGGGGAUGCUUUCUGGAAGGAACAUCCGGAGAUCCUGAAUGAAGACAGCUGACCCGUCCUGUUCAGUGCUGGCAUGCUGAACCAUGCAGGUUCCCCCACCUCCGCUUGCCCUGGGUGGCCCCAACAGCCUUGGCACCCAGAGCGCUGUAUGAGCAGUGACACGACCCAAGCUGGAAGGGGAACAGGGGAGGAAAGGGUGGACGGGGGCGGUGUGUCGUGUGCUACUGAAGCAGAACACCUUUUUUCAGUGUUGGAACCUGGUUUCCUUGAUUUUUUUUUUCCUCAAAAUUGUACUAUUUUGGUAAAGCAAGAAGUCUGUCAUGCCUUGCAGAAUGAGUCAUUUUCAGAUUGUGGCACAAAUCUUACAGAAACCUGUCAGCUCUUCUCACCUACAAUAGAAGAGGAGCCCAAACUUUACUCUCACCCACCUGUUCCUCACGACAGAACCCAGUGCCCUUGAAAAUAGCACUUCUGCCACCCAUUACUGCCAUUCACCUUUGGCAGGCCGGAAGAUCAGCAUGGGUUGAUGCCUCCACAAGGCCUCCGAAUUCAGGAAUUCCAGGGAAAACUGCAGGGUGUGCCAGUCUCCAGAAUCGGCAACUUCGGCUGGAGGGAUGAAUGGUUCUUUGGGGUCUCAGUACACAGAUUCCAUGGACUAAUUUUCUGGGAUUGUUGGCAUGAUCAGUACCUUGCCAAUUUGCAAGGCCUCUCACGUCAUUCUGGGAAGAAAGAAUUUGUGUUUGUAGAGGAGAGAAAACGUGGCCUUGAAUGAAUGAGGCUGGGAAGCACUGACCUCAUGUUCAUUUUCCAACGCUGCCUUCCGAUUGGAUUCCCUGAAAAAGAUUGUCAAGUGACUUGUAGGUACUCAGAACAACGACAUGUGAAUGCAGGCAGAGGGGUCAGGAUGUCCGUUGUGUCUGAGGGGGCAUCAUAACCACCUGUUGAGGGACCAGCGGAGAUGGCCAAGGAGCCACAGAAAGCAGCAGUGCGAAGCUCUUGGCUGCAUAAGGGGAGGUAGUGGGCUGGGUGGUGAGAAAACUUGCAUUUCCUCUUGUCCUUUUCCAUAUUUUAGAGGAAAAACAUUAUUUGGCUCUGUUAAGAUUUAAUUAAGAGACAGCCCACGUCCCAAUGCCUGGUGUUGCAUUGCAGAAUUUACAGCCAAGAAGAAAAUGUGUUUUUGAAAGAGUGACGGCUAGCCUUAUCCCUUCACUAAUGGACACCCCAUCUGUCGAUGUCCCCCCACUUCCUGUUCUCCCCACUCUGCAGGAACAGGAGAUGCAGCUCAUGUUUGGUAAUUUCUAAAAUCUCAGAAAAAAAAAAUAAAAGCU